GAAUGCGUCCUAUGGAACUGUGAGGACUUACUGCUGCUUAGGAUUCAACCGGAGCUGGGAGUCUCGAUAGACGGUGAUGUUCCAUCCAACAAACAGAAGACGGAUCUCUGUAGUUCUUCCAUGGCACAUCCAUCACAAGACCCUGAGGACCCCCCAGUCUGUGCAGGAACUAGACGUCAUCCACCAGUUAAUCUCCAGGAACUACCCACGGAGCUGCUGGAAUCCAUCUUCCUCUAUCUGACACCUGAAACUAUUCUGUCCUGCUCUCGAGCUGCAGUCCGCUUCACUCAAGUCAUCAACUCAGCUAGCUUUUUGGACUUGUAUUGCAAGAACACACUUCAAGCACCAUGGGUCACAUCAGACAUGGUUCUGCAGACAAAGGAGGUGUUCCACAAGGUUCUUCAGAUGUGGUAUUUACAGAACAGUACUCUGUGUCACCCGAAUGUGAUUGUCAAGAGCUGCAACAAGCUUCUUUCUAUAGGACUCCUCAAAUAUGCAAUACGAAUGUGGCUGUUUUCGAAUUUGUCGAUCUCGUAUAACAAGCCCUAUGUUGUUGACCACAAAUCAGUCUUUCAGAUAGUUGACAUAUACGAUGACGACGCUAGGGCUCUAUUCAUCAAGUUAGCAGUGCUCUUUCCAAGGUUCAUUGAAAUGACAUUGUGUAACGUGAGAACUGCAUCAUUUCAUGUAGGAAAUCCCUACAUUUUAGAUUUUAUAAUGUUCAAGGACAAUGUCCUUGAACCGGGUUAUCUUAAUGAUUUUGAUUGUAAAUAUCACUUUGAGAUUGUGGCUAGAUAUCCGACAGAAGAUUGCAGCUGGCACCGUCCAUCUUUAGUCAUCCUUGUGGGUAAGGAUUCUUGGAUAGGUUGGUGCGGUAGUGUUAGUAAGAUCGUAUACAGCUAUAAUGGUACUUGGGGAAGAUGCAAGUUAUCACUGAAUGCAUCAAUCAUUGACACCCAAAAGGCUUUCAGGGACACCUUUACGCGGUUUGUCGAAAUUCCUGAGAAUGUUGACCUGAGUCAUUAUUUGUACGAUUGCUUCAAUUACAAUGUCAGUCAUACUCUGAAUGCAUUACUGGAACCUGUUGCUCUGGAUGUACCACUAUGGGAGAGACAAAGCUCACUAAUGGAGGACCUUGCACGGAAGGUUGAAAAGAAACUUGAGAGUCUGAAACUUCCCAAAGAUAGGGCGAUCUUAUUACAAGACUACUUGGAUUGCUGUUUGCAACAGAAGGGUGUCUCAGGACACAGCACGGAACGAAAACCAUCAAAGACUUGCUACGUGGCUUUAUUACGUUAUCUUCACAGGAUCCUGAAUAACGUAUUCUACCCAGAAUGUAUGUGGUACCUUUCUAAUGUUCAGUGUUGUAGAUACCUGGCUUUGACGAGGAUGGGAGACAGACUGCUCCCCAACAUCAGAAAGACACCUGCUGAUACAGCAGCUGAUGUUAUUGAGGAUUACUGUGAAAGUUUUUCUGUGCAUCACCUUCCCCCCAAGUUGUGGCCGACUCAUCUUCUUAGUCAUGCCAUACUAGCAGCCCCUGUAUGUGCCAAAAUAGUACAAGUUGACGUCAUGUUGUGGACGAAGGGACUUCAUUGCAGGCCAGUCACAGACAAAAUAUUACGCUUUGUUGCUGAGCAAGCGGAGACAUGUGGGCUGAAACCACAACGCAGCCGUCAGCAGAUUCAACGCCAACAACGUCAGCGGCGUCCUCCUCUGGGUGGCCUUAUCAGAUACUGUCACGAUAGCGACAAUGACGUAUAUCGCCGACUAUAAUUAGAACUUGGUAUUUAUUUGUGUGUCGCAGCUAUUGUUGUAGAUGCAUGACGGUGGUCUUUAAGUAACAUCCUGUGAUUUACAUCAUGAGCAUCGAUCUACACAAUAGGUGACCCCUGCGGAUCCGACUUAGAAUUGAUCUUCAGUAACCCAUGCUUGUCGUAAGAGGCGACUUACGGGAUAGGG